UCAGUACUAAAUGACUGUUAUCGAUCCUCCAUGGACGGUCUCGCCCAGCAGGACUUCCUCGGACCCCGUGCACAAUGGUUAUGUGACGGUGACGGUACACUAUGUCUUUGCGGGGGCCUAUGAAGCGCUCGCACCUCCGGCAGGUGAGCGCCGCCAGUAUCGACACGCUCUCCAGUUCGCGCACCUUGGAGCUCCCCCCGCGUGGGACGCCUCGGGAGCGUGAUCGCGAUCGCUCCUCGACUCCCGAUGAGAAGGUACCUCGACUCGCGUCAACCGGCCUAGAUCGCCGGCAGUGCUCCCUGUGGGUCCACGACGAGACCUUCUCCCGCGAGGAGAUCCUGUUCAAUCAGGCCGCCUUCAGUGACACCGGCGUGCAGGUCGGCGAUAUCAUCGAGAUCCUGCCCGCGCGCUUCGCCGGCGAUGCUCCGCAUUCGGCCAAGGCAGAGCUGGGCGCCCGCUCGCUGCGCGGCAGCCAUGUCGAUUUGACCUCGCUGCUGCCCGCCGAUCCCAGGUCCAAAUUCAAGACCCCCUUACAGGGCCGAUGUCUCUUCGUCGUCAAGCCUCUACCCCAGGAGAUCAAGUCCCGCCAUUCCAAGCUCGAACUCUCCGUGACGAGCAGCGUGGCCAACAUCUUCGGCUUCAAGAAUCGCUCCGCCGUCCAUAUCUCGAUCGUGGAGCGGGCGCAAUGCUCCGCGUCCCAUGUGGACAUCUCCUUUCGCGAUCAGUACCUGGUCCGCUCCGACAUGUGGCGGCUGGUCAUGUCGGAGUUGUCGGAGAAGAUUGUCUACAAGGGCCAGAAGAUCGUCUUCAUGGGCAGUAUCAAAGCGACGGUCAAGAAUAUCUUCAUUCGGGGCAAGAAGGUCCUUUCCGGUUUCUUUUCCCCGCAGACCAUUCCCGUGUUCCGAAGCGAAUCCGCCAAAUAUGUCCUCUUCAUCCAGAUGUCGCGGGAGAUGUGGGACUUCGACUCGGAAGGGACGGGGGACAUCCUCUUCAGCAGAGUGAUCAAUGGCUUCCUACCGGAGCUAUUCAAACGGUGGGCUAGUUCCGAUGCCAGGCACCUGGUCACCAUCGUGUUGUUCACCCGCGUGGAGUAUGAUCCGUCGGCCAUUGGACCAUCGUCGAGUCUCAAUACCGACUCGUGGACCAACGAAUUCACGCCGAACGGAGCUCCAACGCGGGACUUCUAUCGCGUAGUGGUCAAUGAUAUGGCGAGUGGCCACUGGACCACCAUCCUCGAUGAGUUGAAGAAGGACUUCCGGACCUUCUUGCGGGAUGUCUCGAUCCUCAAGACAACGGACGAUGUGAAAACGCCGACCAUUGAUGGGGUCAAAGUCGCCCCCAAAGCCCAGUCUGCAACCAUUGCCGGACGACCCAGUACCGCUCUUCGCGGAAACAUUCUCGAGGCGAUCCAUCUCGCGUCGUCCCACUUGGCAUACGAUCAUAUUGAUCGCGACAUGGUGCACACGGGUACCUCCAUUAUUGUCAUCACACCAGGGAGUGGGGUCUUUGAGGUGUCAUAUGAGUCUCUAGCCUCGACCACGGAAGCGCUUACGAAUCGUGGCAUUGCCAUUGACCUGGUCUGCCUGAGUCCCAUGCCACUUCAUUCCGUUCCCCUGUUCAAAUACCGCGAGCCCGUGCAGAAAUCCCCAAGCCCUUCGUAUGGCGCCGACAUCCAAGCGGGGGGGUAUUCCCCGGAGGCGCGCCUGUCAUUUGCAAGCUUGGCAAGCAGGGGGUCCCACCUUUCGCCGAAAUCGACCCUGCAUAGCUCUUUUCCGGGGAUAAGUGCACGGCACUGGUCUUCACGCUUGAGCGAGUGGAACUAUGGCAUUCCGCAUUGGCUCGACAUCUCAUACUGGAACCCCGAAACGUACCGAGAGGCUCGACGCAUCCUGAAGAAGGACCCUAAUGCCCCGAUUCCCUUUACCGUCACCAAGCAAUCAAAGGUGUUCGUCCCGCGUGUGCGGAUGUAUGAGAUUCAGAUGAUGGGUGUGAUGGAAAGCGAACAGUCGAACAUCUCCAUCCCUUAUCUACUCGAGGGGCAGGGAGUCACUCGAAGAUCGAAUCCUGCGAUGGGCCUGAGUCCAGCAAGCUUGAGCCCAGCAAAUAUGCCUCUUACACGGAACACCUCGUUCCGACACCAGUUGAGUGACAGUCUCCGGCCGGAGCCGUUUCUCCAGAACAUAGCCAGUUCCAAGGACGCAAUCUUGGCCAAGUCAAGGAAGUCUUCCAAUUCCGCACUCACGUGGAUGGACCAUUACGACGAAGCGGUGUUCCAACCUUUUCCUCACCGGCGUCAACGCCGGAAGCCUCCCAAGCAGAAGCGAACCAGUGAGCCCGAGGUCCAGGUGUCGAAUGCUCACGAUCGACUGUCUGCCCGGUCGGUGACUCGGUUGAGGGAGAAUGAGAGCAAUUCUAGCGAACGCGCCCAGUCCACUUUCUCGGCGCCUCGCAAUAUCGAUGCGACUCUGCCAGUGCCCAAGAAUCCCGUUUCCACCAGGACGGUAUCGCCGAAAAAGCCUGCCCUAAAGGCGCCCUCGGCAACCCGGAUGCCGCGGAUAUCGCGUACGAUAAGCUUCGCCCUUCGGGGUCUCAGCGCUACUCCGCCCCGGGCCCAGGCGAGCACGGAAGUCAAUGUCGAGCACGCGAAAGGCCAGUCGACAUCAAACCCGAAGAAAAUUGCCGGCAUGCUUGCCGAUUCUCGGAGCGUGGAUUCCCUCAGCAUAUCGGACUCGGCGUCCACGAAGACUGUAAUCGAUCUGUCGUCGACGCCAACAACACCUCAGAAGCAAGCUCAUGGCUCGACCAUCACCCCCUCGCGACCGAUCUCGAUCAAGGUCCCCCCAAAGCAGCCCUCUCAGGAUCCCGAGCAGGCGGAACGGCCCAUCACGGAAUCCUUUUCCACCACGACCACGGAGAUCCCGAUAUCCGACGAGGCUCGCCCUGAAAGCCGAACGAAACGGCCGAAUCCUAGGGUUACCCUGACCGUGAAUGGGAGCUCGCGGGACGCGGCUUCCAAGAGCCCGCAGAGCAAGGCCUUGGCACCCUGGGUUCGCUCGAUCAACCCGUGCAAUACCCCGAAAGACGUUUUGCGAGACACCAGCUGGUUUGGGCGUUGGCAACAUGCCUAUCCGAGACCUCCGCAUGUUGCCGUGGUCAAGUGGAAGAGCUUGAAAUCGCCCGCUAUUCUGCCCUUGACCACGGAAGAAUUUCCGACGGCAAGCGAGCUCGCGUCGGACUACUUCCAAACGCCCUAUCGGGUCUUCCCGAACGACGACGCCGAGGGUAUUGAGCCGCCCCGAACCAGAGGCGUGCUUCUUCGCGAGAUGAUCUCGUUGCGUCUUUCCCAUGGCUUCCAGAUCGUGGUUGGGAAGCAUGUCGUCGAAGUGUCCGGGCAGUAUUCGCUGGAAGCGCCCAACGUGUUCGAUACCCAUAGCCUGGAGAGAGACGGGGCCACCGUGUUUCUGUCCAAGGGAAACACAAUCCAUCGGCUCGUAUGUAUCGAUGGGGCCGAGAUCGAAGUCACCCGAUACACCCAUCGGAACGCGUCCGUGCUGGCGUCGCCCCAGAUCAACAACUUCACCUUGUACUCCCCCGCCAUGCGAACGAUUCUCAGCCCGCAAUACGAAGUCAAGCAUAUCCGACUGGAUUCGACCAUGGAGGAAUACAACUGGAACUACGCAGAUAACUAUGUGGCGGGACAUCGCGAGUACCUCUUCAGCCCGGCCCAGCAGCUGCAAUUCUGGCGGGCGCGCUAUGUGCUGAUUCCGAUGCAUCUACAAGUCAACGCUCGGCGCCAACUGCAGUCCUUUAAUGAAGACAACGAAGAAGAGAUCCAUCUGCUUGGGAUCAAUCAACUCACGCACAUCUGGCAGCGGCACAAGUACGUGCCUCCCGAGGAGAAGCUCUUCGACACGUCCAGCAAGAAGCGGGAGCAGAAUCCCCUGAACAUCAUGUAUCAAACCCGGAACUCAUCCGAAGUCGUGGCGGCCGAGUUGGACCGAAUCCUGCUCACGGAUCCCGGACUGGACAACUCGCCGGCGCAGCUAUUGCCCGAGUCGGAACUGCUGGAGCGGUCCAGCAUUGGGCUGUCAUCCUUGGCCCAACUGAUCCAGGGCGACAAGGGCGUGCGGAUGAUGGACCGCCGAUGGCAUUGGCGAUUGCAUUACAACUGCUUCAUUGGCUUCGAACUGACCACCUGGCUUCUCCACAACUUCCGGGAUAUCGACAGUCGAGAAGAGGCGGUGGAGUUCGGAAACGAACUGAUGAAGCACGGCCUCUUCCAGCAUGUGGAGAAGCGUCACAAUUUCCGGGAUGGUAACUACUUCUAUCAGAUCUCCAGCGAAUUCCGCGCCUCGCGCCCGGAAUCCCGGGGUGGCUGGUUCCCUCAGAUCCGGCCAGACAAGCCCAUCGCCUCGACUCCGGCGGGGGAUAACCCACGAGACUCGCCCAUCAGUGGCCAUUCCCGAUCGGAGAGUCUGGAUGAGGCCGCGCCACAACCGGUCCCGCACACGCCGUCGAAGUUGAAGAACAAGGCGGCCAUUAUGUUGUCCAAGACGAUGAAGUACGAUGUCGACCCUCGCAAACGAUCGAAUCGGCCCGAGGUCAUCGACCUGCACUACGAUCGGUUGCACAAUCCGGACAACUGCUUCCACAUCGAACUCAGCUGGAUGAACACCACGGCGAAACUGAUUGAGGACGCGGUACUCUCGUGGGCCUCCACGGCCGAGAAGUUUGGCCUCAAACUCGUGCAGGUUCCCAUUGCGGAGGCUUGCGCGAUUGACGAGACGCAGCCUUUCCGCAAGCCGUACCGAGUCCAGCUCAAGGUGCCCCCUCCCAAGGGGCCAGUUCCCAGUCUCUUCCAGGCCGCCACGUUUACACAGCCCGUGGCGCCCGACCGCCAUUACUUCCAGAAGGCUCUGCUGCGCAAAUUUGACUUUGUGCUAGACUUCGAGGCGCGGUCCGCCUUCCCUGCGGAUGUGGAAGUGUCCUAUUCGUGGGGCAUUCCCGAUUACCGGUACCCUCAGUACAUCCAUCGGUCGGGGAGCAUCCUCGCGCAGAUUACCGACGAAGGCGACUUUCUGUUCUUGGCCAAUCGUCUGGUCAGCACACGAACCACCCCGAGUCGCGAUAUUCCCCGACACGAGCGCCUGGAGCGCGACCAGUUCCGCACGCGCGCGGGGACCUAUGAUCCUGGCGAUCGCCUCUCCCCGCGCCUCUCCCCCAUGGCGCGUCCCGUGCACGAUGUCGGUAGCCCUCGCUUCCAGGGUCAGCCAACCCUCGACUCAGCCAACCUCUAUCGCGCUCCGGAGCACAUCCUGAACGGUUUUGUGGACUUUUGCCGAGACCCCGUCCGACUGGACCAGUUUUACAGUGAGUCUCACGCGCGGCCCACGUCGACUCGGGUCGAGCCAACGUCACUGCUGGAAGCUUCCAUCCCGUCGCUGGAGCUGCCCGCCAGCGUGGUCAGUCAUCACAUCACACUCCCGCCCGGACUCACCUCGCGGGCGUCACACAGUGGCACCCUUCCCACGGUGGAGUCGCGGACUCGAUCCCGCGAUGAGGGCAGUGUGGGCCGGAGUCCACGGAGUGGUGCGCUACGGCCGCUGAUAUAGAGUGACAUUUACCGCACGAUACCCGCAAUGUUAGCUCCCUUCGUUUUGACCCUCACGAACCUCAUGUCCUCCCCUCAUUCCUUGGUUCACCCGUAUCUGGGUGCUGCGCGCGCUCGAAUCCCACCCACACCGUGCCCUCAAACCCCAUGCCCGCAGUUUACCCGCCGGACACGUUUGCGCAGCCCCCAUAUCCAUCCCACCGCUGCCGCCGCUUGCAGAGCCUAUCCAAACCUCCGACU